CCGGCUGCUUUUGGAGCUGUUGGCCGCCUGUGGCUCAGGUGACCAGAGGCCCUUGAGCAGCUCGCAGAACCCCCAGGGCCUGGCAGGUGGAGCAGCAAUGAUCCAGAAUGUGGGAAACCACUUGCGAAGGGGCUUUGCCUCUAUGUUCUCUGGCCGCACAUCCCGGAAGUCAGUCUCACAUCCAGAGCACGAAGACGCCAUGGCAGAGGGUGAGGAGUACCGGAACCCCACGGAGGUGCAGAUGAGCCAGUUGGUGCUGCCCUGCCACACCAACCACCGCGGGGAGCUGAGCAUUGGACAGUUGCUCAAAUGGAUUGACACCACGGCCUGCCUGUCAGCGGAGAGGCACGCUGGCUGUCCCUGUGUCACGGCUUCCAUGGAUGACAUCUACUUUGACCACACCAUUAGUGUCGGCCAAGUGGUGAAUAUCAAGGCCAAGGUGAACCGGGCCUUCAACUCCAGCAUGGAGGUGGGCAUCCAGGUGGUCUCUGAGGACCUGUGCUCCGAGAAGCAAUGGAGUGUGUGCAAGGCACUGGCUACCUUUGUGGCCCACCGAGAGCUCUCCAAGGUGAAGCUGAAGCAGGUCAUACCAGUGACAGAGGAGGAGAAAACGGAACACGGGGUGGCAGCUGAGCGCCGGCGCAUGCGGCUAGUCUACGCAGACACCAUCAAGGACCUCCUGGCCCACUGUGCCAUCCAGGAUGACCCUGACAAGGACUUCAGCAAUAUGGUGCCCGCAGAGAAGACCCGAGUGGAGAGCGUGGAGCUGGUGUUGCCUCCUCAUGCCAAUCAUCAGGGUAAUACCUUUGGGGGCCAGAUUAUGGCCUGGAUGGAGAACGUGGCCACCAUUGCAGCCAGCCGGCUCUGUCAUGCACACCCUACACUCAAGGCCAUCGAGAUGUUCCAUUUCCGAGGCCCAUCACAGGUGGGGGACCGUCUGGUGCUCAAGGCCAUCGUGAAUAAUGCCUUCAAGCAUAGCAUGGAGGUGGGCGUGUGUGUGGAGGCUUAUCGCCAGGAGGCCGAGACCCAGCGUCGACACAUCAACAGUGCCUUCAUGACCUUUGUGGUCCUGGACAAAGAUGACCAGCCUCAGAAAUUGCCCUGGAUUCGUCCCCAGCCUGGAGAGGGCGAACGGCGAUACCGAGAGGCCAGCGCCAGGAAGAAGAUCCGCUUGGAUAGGAAGUACCUUGUGUCCUGUAAGCAGUCGGAAAUGGCCCUGUCUGUCCCCUGGGAUCCUAGCAACCAGGUGUACCUGAGCUAUUACAACGUGUCGUCCCUGAAGACGCUUAUGGCCAAGGACAACUGGGUGCUGUCCGUGGAGUUCGGUGAGGUCCACCUGUACACCCUGGAGGAAGAGUUCCUGUCAUUUCAUUUGGAGAUGGUGGUCCACGUGGAUGCUGCCCAAGUCUUUACGCUGCUUUCGGACCUGCGCAGGAGGCCGGAGUGGGACAAGCAUUACCAGAGUGUGGAGCUGGUGCAGCAGGUAGAUGAGGACGAUGCCAUCUACCACGUCGUCAGCCCUGCCUUGAGCGGCAAUACCAAGCCCCAAGACUUUGUGAUCCUGGCCUCUAGGCGGAAGCCUUGCGACAACGGGGACCCUUAUGUCAUCGCACUGAGGUCGGUCACACUGCCCACCCACUGUGAGACACCGGAGUAUCAACGUGGGGAGACCCUCUGCUCAGGCUUCUGUCUGUGGCGGGAGGGGGACCAGUUGACUAAGGUUUCUUACUACAACCAGGCCACCCCCGGAUUUCUCAACUACGUGACCACCAAUGUGGCCGGCCUGUCCACGGCAUUCUACAAUACCUUCAAGGCUUGUGAGAGUUUCCUGUUGGACAACCGGAAUGACCUGGCCCCCAGUCUCCAGACCCUCUAGGCACUACCCCACCCUGCCCCAGGUCUUACACAGUGCGUGGAACAAAGCAGAGGCGUUUAUUCACCCUGACUCCCCAGGGAAGCCUUCCACAUUAGAUGGUCCAGUCUUACUGGGUGGUCAGUUCCUGCUCACAUCUGCCAGCAAGUCUUCUCGGUACUCCUGGGGUAUCCUGUAAUAGACUCGGGUCCUGUCCAUGGCCCUGGCCACCCACAACCCAGCCCAAACAUCUGCAUAGUUGUUCCCAGCCAUGCUGUGGUGCACAGUGACCGUGGCUCGAGGGGAGGCUGCCAGCAGCCUGGCCACAGCUUUGGCCGAACUCCGGCCCAGUGGCCCAGCCUGCAGCUGGAAGGACACAGGUUGCCAGAGUCCCUGACAUAGCUCCAGCAUAUCUGUGACCAUCUGCUCCUGAUAGCCGCUGCCCAGAACCUCUUCAGGCCAGCCUGGUGCCACGGUCACAUGAGGGAAAACUUCAGCCACGGCUGUAAGCAGUUCUCUGCCGGCCAUAUGACCAGGGACCACAAAAUUACCAUGUGAGAUUGUAGCCCCCACCCACACGGGCCAGGGCAGACGGCCAAGGGUGGAGAGGCGUGCCAGUGUGGCCAGGGAGGGCCGGAGAGCUGCGGGUUCCACAAUGUUCACAUGGAUGCCCCAGGACCCGGGGUGAGCAGCCAGCUGCAACAGACAGGACUCUAAUGUCAGAGCAGGACCACCUUGGGUACGCAGGAUGGGCACAGGGGUCCCAGCUUCAGGUUCCUGGAGGCCCACAUCCAGCAGGAUCAUGCCUUCUCUGUCUGGAAGAGGCAACGGUAUUUGGAGUACCUGUCAUUAUGGGAUGUCAUUUCGUCUUAUUAAAGGGGAAGUGGAGGUCAUAGGAGCAGACAAGGAAGAACUGGUGCCAGCCAUUCUUGAAUCUGACGUUCCAGACUCCAAAUGCUGACUCUCAGGCAGACAUGACAAAUGGCUGGCUCAGUUCUUGGCCUUCCUAGUGACUCAGACCUGGGUCACCACCCCCUCUUCUGUUCACAGCGAGGCUGGGGAGGCAAGGCUGCUGGCGUAAGGUCAGGAGUUCCUGCUCUUGACAUUGUUCCUCCCACUCUUUAUCCAGUGCAGGGCUUAUCAUGUUGCCAUGGUAACAGAGAACCAAGUUACCCACCCAAGCAAACGACCGACCUAUGGGUUAGCCAGGAGCUUUGGGACUGCAGGCAGACUCACCAGGGGCAGUAAUGGCCGCUGCCCUCCUGCUGCCAUUCACUUCUAGAUCCAGCCACUCUACCUCCAGGCCAUCACUCCUGGGCUGCUGGAGAAGAGGGAUCAGGCUGCCACCUGUGUAGUAGGUUCGCAUCCGGGUGCUGUUCACUGUGGGACCCAAAAUUGCCAAGGUGAAAGGACCACUACCCAUGGUUACGCCCUGGCUCUCCUAUGUCCAAAUCCUUGUAGCCAUCAGUUCCCUCUUGGAUAGAUGUGAAGUCAUUGUUUCAAGGUUUGGCGACCAGCAAGCAGAGGCAAGCAGAGUUUGCUGGGCCAGAAACCAAAUGGAGCUAGAGCUGGAGGACCCCAAAGCUGGUUUCCUCCCCUUUCCAGACAUGGUUCCCUCAAUAGGAGUGGGACCUGAUGUGACCCCUUGGGAUGGUUUAAAUGUGAGCGCUCCUAGACUCAGGGUCAGAAGUAUAGGGGUUUGCCUGGUGGCAUCUGGCUCAUGAAUGAGUGGACACAGAAGAGGGCUAUGGAAACACGAGGGGGGUUGAAUUGGCUAGGGUCUGAUCAAGCUGCUUAUCUAUAAAGUCCUUGUAGUUUCGACUUCAGUUUCCCUCUCUACCAACCAAUCUGCUUUGUGGAUAGGUGAAGCUUGGAUAGCAUACUGUCUCAGGGGCAGAAGACAGAUUCUCAGAAUGGUUCCUGUCUCCUGUUCCACCCAGAAUUUUCCCCAUCUAGACCCCCCCACCUUUGCUCCCAUACCCAACCAAGACUGCCCUGAGCAGAACCCAGCCUCCACCUCCCUUUCUAGGCCCCCUUCUUACAGGCCAGCUGCUUGAACUGUGACAGGACGGGCUCAAAGAGGUCAUAGUAGAUUUGGUGGGUGGCACUGUUGUCCCGGAUGAAGAGAAGAUCGUCCACCGACACGGGGUCCGAGGCACCCUGCCACAGUGUCAGGCUGUACCUGGGACCAGAGAGCGGACUCAGUGCCCCCCUGGGCUCAGAAAGACCCUGAGCUCAGAACAGAAUGCCAGUUGAGCCCAGGAGUGGAGCAUCUGCCCUCCAGCUUCCCACUAGUCUCUCCUCUUGGGUACCAUCCCUUCCAAGGGAUGACGGAAAGCAGGAGUUCAGGGAAUGGGAGGAUGUGCCCACUCGGGAUGUCUAUUUCUGAGUUACCCAACAAUGGAAGCAGUGAACGGCUUGUCACCAGAGGAGUAUAAGCCAGAGGCAGGGCAUUCAUUAUAGGAGGUGGCUUAGGCCACCAGGGCCAGGACAAGAUGAUCUUCAGAACCCUUCCUACUGUGUUCAUCUUAGAUCAGAGCCCAGGAUAGAGCAGAGGGAGCUUUACCUCUCAGAUUGGGCCAGGAGCCAGCUGAAGUGGGGCCAAGCAGCCCGUGCCAUGAAAGCCCGAACAGGGAAGGUGAUCCUCUGAGGCAGCGCCCCCACCAGCUCCUGCAUCUUCUCCACCAUGGCUUUGGUAUAGGUGCUGUUUGGCAACUGAGGCACAUACAGAGUAGUAAAGCCAGGAGAGAUGGUGACCUCGGGAUACUUCUCCUGGACCAGCGCCAGGAACCUGCAGAGAACAGAGAGAUCCAGCUUUGCAGACCACUCUGGUCCAUUCUUGUAGGUUCUUGUCGCAGGGACUUGGGGCAGCCAGGCCUGUUGAGUCUGUGCAUGGAGGCUGGCAACACAGCUCUAAAGAACAGCAGGGGUUUGCACAUCCUGCUGAUGUGGCCACCCUGUGCAGCCCAGGAGGUCUGGGCUCAGGGCCCUACUCUGCCUCUGGCGGUUACUUCAGCCUUUGAUUCUCAAAGAGACAGUGAUCGUCUGCCAGGGCAGGGCCUUUUAAACAUCCCCAUAUGGAUGGAGGGGGCUGAGUGAGAUUUGUGAAGUGUGCAGAUCUGUAAGUUGCCAGCUGACUUCGAGUUUUCAGAAUUUCAGAUUCCUAAUUAUUUUUUUUAUAUGCACCGAGCAUGAUGGCACAUGCCUGUAAUCUUGGCACUUGGGAGGUGGUGGUAGUAGGAUCAGGACUUCCUUCAUCCCCAGGUACAUAGAGAGUGCAGGGCUAGCCUGGACUAUAUGAAAUAGUCUCAAAGCAAUACAUCAAAAGGAAUGAUUUGAAUCUUAUUCUGAUGCAGAGUUUAUUAGGAAAGUAAUGUCACCUAUGGCCCAGCCUCCAAAGUACCCUGAGGAGAGAACCCUUGUUUGUCUCAGGCCCUAGACUAUAUUUUAAAAAAUUAUUUUCCUCAAGUAUAUCUCAAUGUAAGAAUCACAGAAAUAUUGGGUGGGUGGCUGGGCAGAUAGAGGGAGAGAUGCCUGCAGACCACAGAGCUUGGGGAGGGAAAGACCUGCAGGAACCCUUGCUCUGCCAUUUUGUAGACUUAGGCCAUUUAACCUACCGAAGAUAGUGUGUGUACUUACGAAAUGAAGAUGACUAGUUGCUACCUCAUUCUCCUAAGAGUUCGGCUGUAUUCUGCAAGUAAAUGCUUGAAACAGUGCCUGGGGCACAAGAAACAUGCAACAGCGUGCUUCUGUCAUUGUGAAUUUUCACAUCUGAAAAGUGGGGAGAAAGAUACUCCGAGCCAGUCACGGGCUGGAUUUUCUAGAGGGCUGGGGAGGGAGCCAUCUCUUUAUAACUUCUAGCAGGCAUGUCCUGUGCAUGUCACUGGGGAGGCAGAAAAGACAUGGCCUCUGCUCCCCAAGAGUCCACAGUGAAGCAGGGG